AUGGUUGUAUUAUUCGAUGAUCCACGUGGGAUUCCUUUAGCAACAUUUCUUAUGCAAGUCUUCAUUUCAUUAGUGGUAUCUAAAAUUCUUGCUAAAUUACUUUCAUUUAUUCGACAACCACAAGUCAUUGGUCAAAUUAUUGCUGGUAUUAUUUUUGGCCCGUCUCUUCUUGGAAGUAUUCCAGCUUGGAAAAAUGCCAUAUGGCCAGAAUCAAGCCUUGCUAUAUUUUCACUGAUUGCCAAUUUGGGUUUAAUAUUUUUCAUGUUCUUCUUAGGACUUGAACUUGAUUUGCAUCAGAUAAAAAAAAGUUGGAAAAUCACAAUACCUGUCGCUUUUGCUAGCGUUGUAGUUCCAGUGGGCAUUGGUUGUGCAGUAUCUCUUUGGCUCUAUGAUUUGAAUGACAACUUGCCAACAAGUAAAGCAGCCUUCAUUCUAUUUAUUGGUUCUGGUUUCGGAUUUUCUGCUUUUCCUGUUCUUGCAACAUUACUCAAUACAAUGGGUUUAUUGAAUAAGCCGAUUGGUGUUCAAACUAUUUCAUUAGCAGCAGUUGAAGAUAUUGUCGUUUGGGUUAUCUUAGCUAUAGCCAGUGCUUUUUCAUUGGGAGGUUCCGCAUUACAAGGUCUCUAUACGUUAUUAUUAACAUUUGGCUUUAUUGCUAUUAUGAUUUUUAUUGUUCGACCGAUUUUAACUUGCUUUCAUGGCUAUUAUCUUCGUCGAGACAACGAUACCAAUAUUUAUCUGGUUGUUGUUUGUUUUUUAUUACUUCUUGUUGCAUCAUUUACAACUGAAGUGAUGGGUAUACAUGCUUUUUUUGGUGCUUUCGUCGCUGGAUUAUGUAUACCACGUAAAGGAAGCUUGGUGGAGUUUUUAGGCUUACGAAUACAACUAAUUAUUGUAGAAUUUUUCCUACCUCUGUACUUUACAAACAGUGGUCUUCAUACUCACUUAAAUUUAAUGAAUACUGGUACAGCAUGGUGGACACUAAUUGUACUUAUAAUUUUAGCAUCCGCAGCUAAAAUAAUUCCUGUCGCACUUGUAUCAAAACUAUGUUCGAAAAAAUCUUGGUUCUAUUGUCUUUCUAUUGGUGUACUUAUGAAUACACGUGGUAUUGUACAAUUGGUUGUUUUAAAUAUUGGUGUUGAACUCGGUGUACUUUCACCGAAACUAUUUGCCAUAUUUGUUUUGAUGGCUACAAUUUUAACUUUUUUAACAUCACCUAUUUUAUUUUUACUAUAUGUACGUAAAUUUGAUGCACAAAAAUCAUCUAAUGUUAAAGUUCCUGAAAAUUUGAGUAAUUCUACACAAGCAGACGUAAAUGUGAUAGAAACCACUAUUAAUGAUAGUAGUAUUCGAAGAGCGUCAAAUCGUGAUGUUAAUAAUAAUUCAUCGGCAGUCAAUUCAGGCAAAUUAUCACGAAAAUCUUCGACUAAAAUAUCUCCAAAUUAUACAUUUACAACAUUAGAAUAUCCAACUAAUAUUACGGACACGAAUCUAGAUAUGGAUGACGAAGAAAAAAUAGAAUCUGAAAUGUUACCAAAUCGAGCUAACAAUAUGACAAGAUUUUAA